CGUCCUCAACCAUUUGAACCAUUGAGAAUUAAAAUUACUAUAUUCAAUUGUUGCGUUACAGAUGUGCAUGGACAAGAUGUCCGUGACACAGGUAAAUGACGUUUUCUACAUAGAUCAGUUCGAUGGUAAUGCACAUGUUCGUGGGACUCUACACUUAACUCUGACGCACAUAUUUUUUCUUGGAUUAUCUAGAAAACAGGAAAUAUGGUUACCGAAUCAACUGAUUUCUUCAGUUGAACGUCUACCGUUAACUACUGGUGGUGCACCUUUGAUUAUACGUGGGAAAGAUUUCCGUGUAAUUCGUUUGGUUGUUUUAAAAGAACGAGAUUGUCACGAUGUUUAUUCAACAUUGACUCAGUUACUUUGUGUGGCACAUGUGUCUGCACUCCCGUGUUAUCAAUUUGUUCCGCCAGAUUGUUAUUGGUCUCAAAAAGAAGGCUGGUCAACAUUUUCACUGAAAUCUCAGUAUAAUCGAUUUGGAUUACCUAAUUAUUUUUGGAGUCUAACAAAUGUCAACAAAAAUUUUGAGAUAUGUGAUACUUAUCCACCCGUAUUAUAUGUUCCAAGUAUGGUAUCAAAGAAUAUUUUGUAUGGAAGUUCACGUUUUCGCAGUCGUGGCCGAUUUCCUGUCUUAACUUACUUACAUCCAAAUGGGAAGUCAGCUUUAUGUCGAAGUAGUCAACCAUUGGCUGGUUUUUCAUCGAAAUCAACUGAAGACCAGGUACUUUUAGAAGCCAUACGUAAUUCAAAUCCCGAUUCGAAUAUAUUAUAUGUUGUUGAUACGCGACCAGCAAUCAAUGCAUUUACUAAUCGUGCACAAGGCAAAGGUUAUGAAGAUACAAAUGUUUAUCGUAAUGCUGUCAUACAAUUUUUUGAUAUAGAAAAUAUCCAUGUUGUUCGUUCAUCGUUAGAAAAAUUAUUAAAAGUAUGCCGUAAUCCAACGGUUAAUUUGGAACAAUUUACUUGUGGUUUGAAUAAAUCUGGUUGGUUGAAACAUUUACAUGCUAUAUUAGAAGCAGCCUAUUUUGUUGCCAAACGAUUAGAUGAAGGAAAUUCUGUACUUGUGCAUUGUUCCGAUGGAUGGGAUCGUACUGCUCAAGUUUGUGCCUUAGCUCAAAUUAUAUUAGAUCCUUAUUACAGAACGUUUCUAGGGUUGCAAGCUUUGAUUGAAAAAGACUGGAUACAAUUCGGUUACAAAUUCACUGAACGAUGUGGCUUAGUGUCAGGUGCUGAUCCACGUGAAAUCUCCCCAAUAUUCACACAGUUUCUUGAUUGUUUACGACAUUUGCUAGAAAUCUGUCCAACUAAAUUUGAAUAUAAUAUCAAAUUAUUACAGUACUUACAUGAUCAAAUUUAUUCAGCCGUUUUUGGAACAUUUAUUGGAUGUAAUGAAAAAGAAAGAAUCCAUUUAAGAGUUCAACAAAGUACUUACUCUUUAUGGGGCUAUUUAAAUCGUUAUCGUGACAGAUGGAUCAAUCCAUUCUAUGAACAUAAUUCUGUAUGGACAGAUUGUUUUAUUGACGGGGGCGGUGGGAGUAACUACAAAUACAAUAUAUCAUCAAAUUUUGAAACCGAUGAAUUAAUUACUGUUGGAGUUGAAUUGAUUAAUGAUGGUACAGGGAAUAGUCGAUAUGCAGCGGAUGUACUACCUGUACAUGUUCUAUGUGCACCUUUAUUUCGUUUAUGGCGUGAUCUUUAUUUACAUUGGGAAUGGCGUUUGCCUAAAUAUGAUUUACAACGUGAAAAUCAUGUUUCGGAUUAUUUAUCCGGUCUGUCAACUUUACUCGAUCACAAUCGACUUUUAGAGGCUAGAAUCCGUCAGUUGCAAGAAUUAUUAAAGUGUAAAAUUGUAUUUGGUAAGAAUGAUCUAUGUAACUCAAUAGACAAAUCUAUCACAUCUAAGCUCAUGAACAAUGAUGAAAACAAACAGACAGUCAUAGACACUAACUCCAAUUUAUUUCAUUUUCAACGUACAAUCGUAUCGUCACCAACCCAUAACAAUAAUGCUAAUAAUCAUUCUCGUGUUCGUACAAAAGAUAAUUCAGUGACUAGUGAUCAAAAACAUUUAUCUCAACCCACCAUUGAACAGUUGAAAUGCGAGUUGAGUAUAAUCAAUGUGAACUGGACGCAUUGCUUUAAAUCAGGAAGUUUAUGCUGUGUAUGUAAUAGCCUGUUAGCUUUGUCAAAUCAAUCGGUAAGUAAUACAAGGUACUAUGUAGGUAGGGUUAUGACACGAUGGCCUGUUCAAAAAUCUUCACCACCAUCUUUUCAAUUGUUCAUUUAUAUGUCUAGGAUUUUCCUGUUUUAGACUUGUUUUAAUAAGUUAUUGUUUAUCAACCACAUAUAUACUUACACGCUUUCAUACGAUUUUUCUACAAGAAAUCUUAUCAAGAAGUACUAUCACGGUGGUCCAUAUAAUUUUCUUCUUACUUCUCUAUCUUUUGGAGCAACGGAUAGUAAUUACCAUAAAAUUAAUGCAUCAGAUAUAUUCAGGGAUGAAGGGAGUUGCACUGAGAAAAUACUGAUCCUAUACACUGAGCAAUAAAUCACUGUUUAAAAAGGAUUUAUAGUUUUUUUUUUGAAUAUUUACAAGUUAAAUGUGACAUUUUUGGAGAAUCGGAUACAGGUCAAAUAACCUCUCGCUAUCAGACAAAACUCGAUUUCCUUCUCCAGGUUACGAAGCACAUGUGGUUUGUCGAAAGCUUGGCCUCACGUUGUAAGGGAUAAAGAUAUGUAAAUAAAGGCAGAACAAAUAUUGAUGCAGAAUAAUAUGAAUUAAUUAUAUGUCGUAGUUUCUCAUCAGCUGCUUACAACCAAAUAUGUAUUAGAAUUUUAGCAUUGAGAUGAUAAAUAGUGUGGAAAAUAAGUGAAUGUAGAGGAUUGGGAUGACAAAGGGUUAUCAAUGAUAACUAUGCAUAUAAAUAUAUAUGUGCAAGAAAAGGUCAGAGGUUAUUAGGUAUUAGAAUGAAGGAAGCAUAAAGAGUGGGUGGUGUAAUUGAGUGGAGUUCAAAGACAGAUAAGAUAAAAUGUGUGAUAGCAGCCAAACAAAAAAGUACGACGGCUCUCCGGUUUGCUGAAGCGAUCGUGAUAAAAAAAACUCAAACUGGAUCUAUCUAUUCAAAAAAAGACAGUGGUAAACUUAUGACUACCCUGGUGAUCCAUUUUUUUGUUUUAGUUUUUUGGAUAUUAGAUUUAUUUUGGUUAAUAUUUAGUUUUCACUAUAUUCCUCUUCCAUUACCCAAUUCUUGAACCACCCUUUCUCUCACACAUUUCCGCUCACUUGUCUUUUUUAAAUUAUAUGAACUCUCCAAAUUCUAUUCAAUUAUUACGUAACCCAUUCUAUUUGUUUUCAAUUCCAUGACUCCUUUAUUACUUCUAAAAAUUACCACACGUUUUAUCUGAUGUCUUUGAACUCCACUCAAUUACACCACCCACUCUUUAUGCUUCCUUCAUUCUAAUACCUAAUAACCUCUGACCUUUUCUUGCACAUAUAUAUUUAUAUGCAUAGUUAUCAUUGAUAACCCUUUGUCAUCCCAAUCCUCUACAUUCACUUAUUUUCCACACUAUUUAUCAUCUCAAUGCUAAAAUUCUAAUACAUAUUUGGUUGUAAGCAGCUGAUGAGAAACUACGACAUAUAAUUAAUUCAUAUUAUUCUGCAUCAAUAUUUGUUCUGCCUUUAUUUAAAUUCAUAAAGGUAACUAAUUGCAUGAAAUAAAGACAUAUAUUAAUGACUUAGUAAAUACACAUUCCUGAUUUGGUUUUAGUAAUCAAAGCUUCGUUCUCACUCAACUAGCUGGUUUGGGCUACUGUGUAAGAAGCUUGUAUAUCAGUAUCAGAAUCGGACAACACAAAAAAUAACCGUUCAAACGAAAGACACGCAAUUAUAGAUCCAAUCUAUCAAGUCCACAGAACAAGCUGUUGGUCAAUUGUGGAGAGAUUUUAACAGCUCACUUCCUUUCGAAGUAUAUGCUGAUGUAAUCAAAACUCUAUAAUUAACCCAUUGAGUAUGGAGGAUACAACACCGUAUGAACAUGUUUUUAUGUCACUACUUUCCUUCUUGUUCUAUGUAAAUGUAGACAAUUUUGUUAAUUCAGAAGUUGCGGAUUCAUGUAAAGCUAAGUAAGCUUUCGAUAGCAUCAAUUUCUUUCUAAUUGAAAUCCAAUUAUCCAUAAUGUUCCCCGACCGUGGGUUUUCAAAACAUUGACUUUAUGAUAUCGUGUUUAUCACAUUGUUUGUAGAAACAUAUGUCUACAGGAGGCUAGGUAAGUUUGCAUUAUAAAUUGAUUCGACAAUAAAUAACAAAUGAGGUCACGUACUAAUCAAGGGGUAAGGAAGAAUUCUCUUUUUCUUAUUCAAUGACAUUAUGAGUUAUUUUAAUUGUUUGUAAAAACCUUUUGGGGUUUCGUCUUGUUUAAGGUCAGUGUUUGCACAUAGUCAAGAAGCGUACUGUAAAGAUUUUUUUGAUUUUGUCAGUGAAAUUUAUGCUCAAUGCCAUAUAUUGGUCCUUAUUUUAAUUGUUUUUCCGGAAAAACAAACAGGUUCAUUGUCAUUCAUGUGGUCUACUUACAUGCUCUCGGUGUAUUCAUUCAGACCCUCCAACAAUUCCAAGUUUAUGGUCAAAUGAACAAAGGUCUGUACAGUUUUGUAAUUCAUGCGUCUCCGAAUUGCGUAAUACCUGUACUUACAACAGCAGUACUAGUAGUUUCCAUGUAAAACAUUUUACUCAAGCAAAAUCACUUGAAAUUCCUGCUGCUACCACUACUGCGUAAAUAACAAGUGUUUGUCUUCAACAGACCCACUGACUUUUGGAUAACUGACUCUGUUUGGUUGAUAAUUGACAGAUGUAUGUGACAUUCAAGUCGAUAUUCAGUUGUUUGUGUUGCAUGGUAGAUGGUUGUCUGUCGUCCCCUUUCUUCAUCAAGAUAAUAUGAUUGUAGGCUUGAAGUACUGACAAAUUAUAUAAUUUCCAUUAAAACUGAAUUAUCUGUGAUUUAACUGGUUUCUUUCUGUUUUAAAACUAUAUUAUUAUUAUUAUUAUUAUUAU